ACUCUGAAGUCCAAUCCCUCCCAUCUGAGAGAGCUGCACCUGAGUUCAAUCAACCUGCAGGAUUCAGCAGUGAAUCUAUUUGCUAGUCUGGAGAGUCCAAACUGCAAACUAGAGACACUGAGAUUGGAGAAGUGCAGUUUGUCAGACACCUGCUGUCCUGCUCUGGUCUCUGCUCUGAUGUCCAACCCCUCCCAUCUGAAACAUCUGGACCUAAAAGCAAACAACCUGCAGGACUCAGGAGUGAAACAGCUGUGCAGUUUCCUGGAGAGUCCACGCUGUAGACUGGAGACUCUGAGUCUGGCAGAAUGCUGUUUGUCAGAGAUCAGCUGUGCUGCUCUGGUCUCUGCUCUGAAGUCCAACCCCUCCCAUCUGAAACAUCUGGACCUGAGUGGAAACAGCUUGCAGGAAUCAGAUGUGAAGCAACUGACUGAUUUUGUGAGUCCCCACUUCAGACUGGAGGAUGUGAGGUGGGAGUCAUGGUGAACAGGACGGUGAGUACUGAGUGUGGAUGACCUGUCUUGAUAACUGCAGCAGCAGCUUAUGUGCAGAAAUCUGACUGCGCCGCAUUAAUGGGAGGCUGAGUGCUUCAUCCAGCAGUGACUGACUGUUGCAGAGCAAACUGAUCUGAGAACAGCUCCACUGCCACACAGUGUACGGUCUAACUCUAACAUCAUCCCUGUGUGCCCCUCUGGAUGUACCUGUACUGCUCUGCUGCUCCUCUGUAACACUCUCUGUAGACACACUGAAGCUCCUCCACUCCUUCUGCUCCACACCCACCUUCUCCACCUCAUUUUAUGUCAUCUUUUUAUUCUUUCACAGAUUACCAAUUUAGUGUGUGUUAUCAGAACCAACAAGAGACAAAACAUCUAUUUUAAAGUGAAACAUCUGGUUCUUCAUUAUAAUCCAGAAGUUCAUUUUGAUCCAGUCAGGACUGAAGUACAAGUCAGGAUCAAACCCUUCAGGUUUAACUACUCUGAAGCUCUCAGGGAUCAAAAUGAAGCCUGAUACCCAGGCAACACAUUAAAUCAUGGUCUAAUACAGAUAUUUGGCUCAUCGCCUCUGGACUCUUGACCUUUGGCCGUGGGGACUCUGUCUGUAUUCUCCUUCCUU